UAUAUGUCUCGUGUAAUAUAAAAAUUCGAGACGUUCGAAAAAAUAUCCAACAUGGCGUGGCCGGCAACUGAAGUUUUAUCGAAGAUGAUUUCAUUCUUUAUUAUUACAUUAUUUGUCGAUAGAAUAAGAGGUUUUGAUUAUGACUAUGUUACAUGUGGAUCAAGUUUAAAGUUACUGAAUAAUUAUCACAAUGUUCGCCUUCAUUCCCAUGAUGUCAAGUACGGCUCUGGAAGUGGACAACAGUCAGUCACAGCUGUAGAUUCCUCAGAUGACCACAACAGUUACUGGCAGGUCCGUGGGAAAACUGGUAUCGGAUGUACGCGGGGACUGCCUGUUAAGUGUGGACAGACCGUGAGGCUGAUGCAUCUAAAUACACGACGUAACUUACACAGUCAUCACUUCCAGUCGCCACUGUCACAUAACCUUGAAGUGAGUGCCUUUGGAGAAGGUGGCGAGGGAGAUGAAGGAGACAACUGGGUAAUUGUAUGUCCAGGUCAGCACUGGAGUAGAAAGGAAAAAGUCAGGAUCAAGAAUGUUGUUACUGAAAAUUAUUUACAUGUCGCUGGGGACACCUAUGGACGUCCGAUUCAUGGACAAAGGGAGGUAAGCGGAUAUCCAUCACUAUCAGAACUCAACUACUGGCAGGCGAAGGAGGGAAUAUUUGUCAAACCAACAACAGAGGCUCCUUCUUCUACUGGCCAUGAUGAAUUAUAGGGGAUGACAGAAAAAAUGUUUUAUAUUAAAAAUCAAGGUGUUUGUCUCACAUGGACUCCGGAAUAAAAACUACUUCUUAGCUUAAACUUCAAGGAAAUAAAAUGAAAACUUAAGUAAUUCACAUAUUUCCUUCCAUUUUUGAAAUUUAGAAUUAAAUGUUAACAAAUAUAUUGAUGUUCGAUUACGGUUUGACUCAAGGGUAAAAAUGCACUUUUAUGAUUUUCUUUUAUUAAGUGCAACAUUUAAGAAAUUAUAAACAAACUACACAUCUGCUGUGAUAAUAUAUGUAGCCUGUAGUUUUCGUCCUUUUUUGCCCUGAAAUGAGAGGAUUGAUUCCUCAAUCAAUUUUACCCCAGUAAACGUUUUAACUCUGGUUCAUGGCUAUUAUCCAUGAUUUCCUACAGUCGAGCAUAGUUUGACAAUAACUUUCAACACUUUCAACAUUUAUUUAUAUUUGAUGCACAUUUGUCUUGUGAUGAGGUAAUCAAUUUAACAAAUUAAUUUUACGAUAACCUGUUUAAACUAUUUCUGAACAUAACAAGAUACUUAAAUUGAUAUCAACUUGUUUAUGAUCGAUCAAUAUUCAGUCAUGAAUCAUUUGAGAAAUACAAAAUGUGUAGUUGAUCCAUCAUAGAUUUUGAAGCAACAUUUAACUAUACAUGUACAUCACUCAUUUUGUAAUAUAGAACAUCAAUGGAAAAAGCUUGAAGAGAUAUAUUUUCCCUGUAGAAUUUACUGGAAUAUAUGUGUAUAUCUGAGUAUGAAAUACAUGCACAUGCAUAGAUGUUUUGUGUCCAUAUGGUGUUGAAGAAAUUGUUGUACUGUACAAAUGUAAUUCAUUAAGUUUGGAAUUUGGUUUCUUUGAGAUGUAUCUGAUAAUAAUUUGUUCAUUACACAUUUUGUAAUAUUGUAAAAAUAACAAAAAGUAGUAAAAUCCAACAAUUUAUGAAUUUGACGUAGAAACUACAAUAGACUGACAGAUUCGCAGAAGAAACUGCUAUAGACGGAUGUGUCCUCAAACAAAAGGAAGUAUGGUAAUCCUUGUCUGACUCGAAGUUCAUAACCAGAAACACAGAACUAAUAAUUCAGAGGUCUUUAAUUUUAGAUAAAUUACAAUUAUGGUGUUGUCGACAAGUUCUUGCUUGAUAAAAACAAAUAUGCUCAGAGAAUUCUGAUCAGCUAUUGACCUCUAUUGUGUUUAUUGCACAACUUGGUUGAUUAUGAUUUUUUUUCCAUGUUUAUUGUCCUUGGAAUGAAAGCCAUUUGUUUUUCCAACUAUGUCCUGUAGCUAUAUGUCGGAUGUUACUCUAAACAGUACACAUCAUGGUCCAGUGAUAUGUAUGUUUCUCUUUGUCCCAGACUGUAUGGCCAAGUCUUGUAUGGUACAAAUAUUGUUCAGAAGAAAAUAUAUUUUGCAAUUUACAUUAUUGGAGAGAAAGGAGAGUGUAUAGUCAUGCCAGUAUGAUGUUCACACUUUGUAUCAUUUGAAACAAUCCUACUUUUGUUGGAUUACUUAAUUGAAUAGUGAUGCCUAUGGUAUAUAAAUAUGUGUUUAUUUUAUGUAAAGGGGGGUAGCUCUUGUGUGCUUUACACAUAUUCUUCACUUUAGGAAUUUGUUACAGAAGGGAGUAUCUUAAGAGAUUUGAUUAAUUGUAUGAAUUUACUUUUGAUUUGAAAUGUAACACACAUUAGCCUGUGGACUUUUUAUGAUGUGUGCACAGCUGUACACACAUCAUAAAUUAUUUACAUGAAGUCUCUUACACAAACUUACGGUUGAGUUAGUGACUGAGUGUGUGGUUGGGAGACAUAUGUUAUGAGAGGGAAAUACUAUUUGGUAAAAACAUUCAACAUAUAUCAUGUCUUUUAUCAUAGAUGAACUUUUUGUACAAUAAGUUAUAUUUAUCUUGAAUAAAUAUGGCAAAAAUCA